ACCACAUGGGCAGCCGCAGGAGGAAGAAGACACAAACGUGGUUUUGUGCAGAGUUGGUUGACGGUGUUAUUUUCAUUGAACGGUUUAUGUCUUCUCUCAUUAAUUAAUCGAAAUGACUGAAACUAAAGCGGAAUCAGCUCCUAAUCCGGCCAAGGAGCUGCUAGCUUUGAACCCAAAACAAGAGUCUGAGUUCAAGAAGAAGGUUCAAGAAGCGAAGAAGAACAAAUCACGCAAGGGGAUCAGUUUGACUCCAGGAGUGAUUUAUGUGGGCCACCUCCCGCUUGGACUGUUUGAACCUCAGCUCAAAACUUACUUUGAACAGUUUGGGAUAGUCCAGAGGCUUCGGCUGUCCAGGAGUAAAAAGACAGGUGGAAGCAAAGGCUACGCGUUUGUAGAGUUUGACUGCGAUGAAGUGGCCAAAAUUGUUGCAGAGACCAUGAACAAUUACCUCAUGGGAGAAAGACUGAUCAAGUGUCACGUUAUGCCGCCAGAGAAGGUGCACGCGAAGCUGUUUGAUCGCUCCCAGCGGGAAUUCAAAAAGCCCUCCUAUCCGGCGGUGGAUCGCUACAACAAGAAACGAUCAGAAGAGCAGAUCACGAAGAUGAAAGAAAAACUGCUGAAGAAAGAAUCGAAGCUCCGCAAGCGACUAGCGGCACACGGCAUCGAGUACGACUUCCCUGGAUUUGCUGCCCAGGUGCCUCCGAAGAAAAAGUCCUCGGAUUCGAUGAAUGCAUCGACGUGUAGUACUGACACCACACCAGCCUGUACCCCGUCCGUCCUGGAGAGGAGGAAGUCCAUGGUGGUGGACGACGACGACGUAGAUGAUGAGAUCGUCAUUAAGAUGCCGACUGCAGAGAAUGACGACGAGUCCUCAGAGGAGGAAGAGGAGGAGGCAGACGGUGACAAAGAGGAGGCGUCAGACUCGGAGGGAGAGGAACCUCCUGAGGACGCAGUGAAGGAGUGAAAGACUUGUAUUUGUGGACUGUAGUGUGGCACUCUGACGUUCACAGAGCACACACACUUAUCAGGAUCAUGUGUGAUCUUUUAUGUGGGUCGCAUGAUUACUUUGAACUGUGGUCCGAACUCCCUGUACGUGAAAUACCCUUUAUAUUUUAAAAAGAAGCUCUUGGAGAGGACUAUAACAACGUUGUGGGUAUUAUAUCAGUGUGUGCCGAGGAAGCUGCUCAUUAAUGAUCACAAGGAGCUUGAUCAUGGACGGCAGAUUUGCCUAGACGUCUGAGUCGAUGCCACGUGUGCAUUUCAGCCUAGGAUAAAGCUCGUAUCUGAACCACACAGAGGAACGUAAUUUUUAUUUGCUUCAUAACCACAGUUACUUAAAACUGUGGUUCAUUUUGAAAAAUGUAAAAUAUCUUUAAAAAAUAAAUGAUGUCAGAAGUU